AUGAUAAAAGAGCAGUUUAAAUACAACAAAUCUUGUUUCUUCCAGACGCGUAUCCAGGACACUCGGGGGGAGAGUUUCUGCAGCAGCGACUUGUCCCUGGAUGGGACAGACGGCGGCUUCGACAUCGGCGAGAAUGACGGCGGCGGUGCGGACGGCAGUCAUCAGGGUGCCUCGCAUUCUCACCACGGUUCAUCAUCGCAUGACACCCCAUCGCUAUCGCAGAGCCUGCAUGCAGCCAUCAACAACCCCAUUGACAAACUGUUCAUGAUGCAAAGUAGUUAUUUCAGCGGCGAUCAUGCGUAAUCCAAGUUUCCCCUUUUCCUUCUCUUCUUCCCUCUCUCUACCUCUAUCUUCCUAGCGGUCGUCGCUUAUUUCACCUUUCUUGUUACCUCCUUUUUUUCCUUUACUUUUAUUUAUAUGACAUAUAAAAUCAUUUGCUUUGUCAAUGAAAAAGUGCAUUUUAUUUAUUUUUCUCGUGUCGUGGUAUGAUCACAGCCAGUAUGUUGAGUUCAUAUUUUAAUUCUUCGUUUUAUACUAGUUGUUGCUAAUUCAUUCCCGACUGACAUUGCAAAA